UUGGGAUUAGCCUGGUUCUGCAUUCAUACGCUUAAGUAAAUUUAGGAAUUUUAAAGGAAUUCUUUUAGUUCAUCUCCAUUCAUACCCUGAUUUUUUAUUGAAUUUCUAAAAAAGUGUUUUUUUUUUGUGAUCUUACUGUAUGAUUUGUAUAUACUCUUCUUAGAGUAGGUUUGGUUUUCGGCUUUAAUUCUUAUAUGGAAUUGACAUGCUUCGAGAGAGGGAACUCACCAUCAAGGAAAUUCAUUGAAGCUAGACUUACUGAUCCUAAUAAUUUGGACAAAGAACUUUAUUCGGUCCAUUCUAAACCUUACACCCCUUUUGUACAUUCCAAGCCUGAUAUCUGGAAAAAAUCAGCAAACAACAUUGAUGAUACAGGUUCAAAUGAUCAUCGAUCAAUUACCGAUCUCCCUCGGGCCUUGGUUUCUGAGAUCCUCCAACGCCUCGAGGCCAAGGAACUAGGCAUUGUUUCUUGUGUAUCCACCUUUCUUAACGACAUAGCAUCUGAUCAUCAUGGCUAGAAGGAUUUUUAUUGUGAAAGAUGGGGCCUGCCUUUCGGUUCGAACUUUUCUUUGAACAGUACUUUCCUUGGCCAGAAAUCUUGGAAGGAGUUGUUUGUUGAGAGGGAGCACAGGAGUAAAGCGUUUAUGGGUCGGUACAGCAUUGAUGUUCUCCGUGGUCAUACUGAGGCUGUUCGGACAGUAUUUCUUUUACAGCCUGCGAAGCUUAUUUUCACAGGAGGGUAUGAUUCACCAAUUCAUAUGUGGGACAUGGAGGAAGGCUUGUCUAUUGCAGUGUCUCGUCCUCUGGGUUGCACCAUUCGAGCCAUUGCGGCUAAUAUGGGGCUCUUGGUGGUAGGAAGUACAGAUGCCUUCUUGCAAUGCUGGAAGGCAAUUGAAGGGCACCCGCAUGUGUUUGACAUCACCGGGUCUAGCAUGAGCCAAAUUUCCAAAUUUUGACUAUGGGGGCAUGAGGGCCCUAUUACUUGCCUUGCAUUGGAUGCCACAAAGAUCUAUAGUGGCUCAUGGGACAUGAGUGUCCGGGUAUGGGAUUGAGCUCAAUUGAAAUGCUUGAAAACAUUGAGGCAUGGCGAUUGGGUUUGGGCCCUUGCUCCUCAGCCGUCGACUAUAGCCAGCAUUGCUGGCAGAGAUGUUUAUAUCUGGGAUACUGAGAGUGAAAAGCCUACAGAAGUUAUCUAUAAUGCUCAUGUUGGUAAUGCUUAUUCUUUGGCACGGAGCCAUUUAGGAGAUUUGUUAUUUACGGGAGGGGAAGAUGGUGCUAUUCACAUGUUUGAUGUCAGUAGCUACUAUGAUGAUGAUGACGACACGAAGCCGGUUGCAAUUUGAAUGCCUCAGACGGGUCCUGUUUAUUGUCCUGCAUUUGAGUUUCCUUGGCUUGUAUCAUCUGCAAGUGAUGGCAUGCCUGCUUUGAUUGACAUAAAGAAACUUUUGAAGUCAAGUGAGCGAUCAUCAAUAAGGCAAAGCUCUAAGGUGGUUAAGUACACUGCCUCUGAUGCUGUGGAGCUUCAACGAAUGCUGAAUGGGUUGUGAUCUAAUUUGUUCUCUGUGGAUAUCAGCUCUGAUAGGAUUGUAUGUGCCGGAGAAGAUGGUGUGGUUAGAGUCUGGAACUUCUCACAGGCACUCGAGAUUGAGAAGAGGAUGCAGGCUUUGAGGAGUGCUAGACUGGAGAACCAGAUGAGGCGUCGUAAGGCACAAAUUGAGAUGAACGAAAGGCAGUGCUUAGUUGCCACCAGGAGAAAUCAACUGAAUGGGGAUCGAAGUGGCAUCUGGCACAACAAGCGCGGUGUUGAAGAAAAGCUUAAAGCCUAGAACUGGCACAAAUUGGGGUGGGUUCCAAGCCCUUGGUAGAUUAAUAUGUGGAAUAGUACAAACACUAUUAUUAAUUUCAGCUGGAGAAAAUAGUACUAUAAGUGAGCUUUGAAUUACAUACAUUUCUUCCAGUUUUGAUGUGAAUUUUUUCUUUUUAUAAAUCUCUUCCACAAUUUGAUGUUCUCUUCAUCUGAUUCGCUUGCAAAUGGAAUGUUUAGUCUUCACUUGUUUCUGAACGCUCAUUUUAGUUAACCUGUAUGUGUGAUCCUCCUUUUGAACAUCUUAAUUAAAGAAUCAGAAAUUUAGAAUCA